AUGUUGUGUGUAGUAUCAUUAAUAGAUGAGCAACUAUCACUUAUACAUGAUGAUCUAAUAAAUUCUAAUAUUUUGCAUCAUUAUGAUUAUUUAAAUAAUGAUCCAGAAAUUCAACAAGAAAAUAUUUUGCCAGAUAUAUUUGGAAACGGUAUACAUUUAGUAGAUAAUAUUCCAAAUGCAGUACAUAAAGGAGAAAUAUUAACAAUUCCUUUUUCUAAUUCCCAUAUAGAAGUACCUACAAGUAUAUACACAAUAUACAACGAAAAGUUAAUUAACUCACACUCUAAUGAUAAUUCAGAAAUUAAAGAUCAUUUAUUAAAUUUGUUACCACAUUUAUCUAAUCAACCUACAGAUAAUAAUGGUUUUCCAAAUCCUUCAGGUACACAACCAGAUUCUUCAGGUGGAAAAGAUCAUAACAAAGGUUCAGAUAAUGACUUUCCAAAUCCAUCUGGUGGGACUACAUCACAUACUACUGCUGCUCCUAUAACUCCACCUAUACAUAUCACAAGUUCUUCAAAUCCAUCACAUACUGAGGGUACAACAUAUACUACUACUAAUCCUAUAACUACAUCUAUACAUAUUACAAGUCCUUCAAAUCCAUCACAUACUGAGGGUACAACAUAUACUACUACUAAUCCUAUAACUACAUCUAUACAUAUUACAAGUUCUUCAAACCCAUCACAUAGUGUAAGUACAAUAUAUACUACUACUAAUCCUACAACUAAAUCUACACAUAUCACAAGUUCUUCAAAUCCAUUACAUACUGAGGGCACAACAUAUACUACUACUAAUCCUGUAACUAAAUCUACACAUAUUACAAGUUCUUCAAAUCCAUCACAUACUGUGGGUACAACAUCUACUACUACUAAUCCUAUAACUACAACUACAUCUACACAUAUUACAAGUUCUUCAAAUCCAUCACAUAGUGAGAGUACAACAUCUACUACUACUAAUCCUAUAACUACAACUACAUCUACACAUAUUACAAGUUCUUCAAAUCCAUCCCAUAGUGAGAGUACAACAUCUACUACUACUAAUCCUAUAACUACAACUACAUCUACACAUAUUACAAGUUCUUCAAAUCCAUCCCAUAGUGAGAGUACAACAUCUACUACUACUAAUCCUAUAACUACAUCUAUAUCUAGUACAACUUCAAGUAAUAAUGAAAAUCAUGAAAAUUCAAACUCAGUUCAUACUGAUAGCUCAAAACCUAAUGUGGGAGCAAUAACUGGAGGAACAUUAGGAGGCUUAUUAUUAGUUGGAGGUGCUUUGGUAGGAGGUAGUUUAUUUAUUAAUAAUAGAAGAAUUAAAAAAGAAAGACUAAGAAAUAGACUUAGAAGAAAGAAAAGAAGAAGACAAAAUUUAGCUUCAGCAUCUAUUGGGGAUUCAACUAUUGUUUCCCAAAAUUCAGUAUCAAGUACAGUAUUACCAUCGAAACGUCCAUUAAAAACAUCUGUAAUAGAUGAUCCAGAUUCUUUAGUAACUAUAGAAGCUUCUCAUGGUCAAACUUUCGAUGGAUUGGGAUCAACAACUUUGCUUCCUUUACCUGCUAUAAGGAUUAAUAGUGGAGAUGAACCUUCAAACAAAUCAGUUCCAAAUAAAAUCACAAAAUUAGGUGACCAUAGUCAAACUUUCGAUGGAUUAGGAUCAGUAACUGCACUUCCUUUACCUAUUAUAAAGAUUAAUAAUGGAGAUAAACCUUCAGACAAGUCAGUUUCAAAAAAAACCAGAAAAGUAAAUACUAAUAAUAUUAAUAAAAAAAUUCCUAAAGGAUCUACUCAUAAUAGUACUAGCAAUGCAAAUCCAGAACCUCAACAGUUACCAGUAUUUUUAGGUAAUACUACAAGAAAAAAAGUGUCUUUAUCUGUAUCAGAUUUAACAGGAAGUUUAAGUAUUUAA